AUGGAGGACACAAGAUACAAUGGCUCCCUUUACAUUGAAUUCAUCCUGCUCGGGUUUCCAGGAUUUGAAGGGUCUGAAGGUCUCCUCUGUGCUCCGCUCCUCUUGGUCUACUUGACGACGCUGAUAGCAAACUCCGCCAUUGUGUUGGUCAUUGCCCCGGAUCCCAGCGUGCACCGGCCCAUGCACCUCCUCAUUUGCUGCCUCUCGGUUGUUGAUAUCAUUGUUAGCUCCAUCGUGGUCCCCAAGAUGCUGCUCAGUUUUCUGUUUGACCUGAAAGCUGUCUCCUUGGCCGGCUGCCUGGCCCAGAUGUUCCUCGUUCACUUUUGGUCCUCAGCAGAAUCAACUCUGCUCUUGGCAAUGGCCGUCGACCGCUACGUGGCAAUUUGUAACCCCCUGCGGUACACCGCCAUCAUGACGGGUUCGGCUCUACUCAAACUGGCCAUGUUUGCCCUCGUUCGCAGUGGCCUCGCAGUGACCACUCUGGUUAUACUGGCCUCCCCACUGCCAUUCUGCAGGACUAACCUCAUUCCCCAUUGUUACUGUGAGCACAUGGCACUUGUGAAGUUGGCCUGUGCUGACACGGGCUUGAACAGCACCUUAGGUUUGGUAUUCGCCCUCACAAUCAUUGGCUUUGACAGUGUGUGUGUCCUUCUGUCCUAUUGCAGGAUAGUCUACACCGUCCUAAAAAUCACCUCAGCAGAGUCCCGUCGAAAGCUAUUUCACACUUGCUGCACUCACUUGUUGGUGAUCUCGUUCUGCUACUUCACCGCUUUAUUCUCCUUCUUGACUUACCGGGUGGGUCAGGUUUCCGUGGGCAUCCGCGUGCUGCUCUCUGUCAUGUACCUCAUAUUGCCUCCAAUGGCCAACCCUAUCAUUUAUGGGAUGAGGAUCAGGGAAAUCAGAGAGCGGCUUCUCAAAAGGUUAGGGAGCCGAGUGAUAAAAACCCGAGUGCAGAAAGUCACUUCUGUAGCCAGCUGA